CAUUGGCUCAACUUAUCGGAUAAUUUGAAAUUACAUAUACAAGAAAUACCGGAGCAUCAUACUCCAUAGAGCAGAACAUUUAGUGUCAAGCCACACCAAUGGGGAUGGACAUUGAGGAGUUAUACCAGCGCUAUUGUGUUAGAUUGAAACACUCCCUCCUUAUCACACUGCUCUUCAUCAUGAUUGCGUACAGUGGUUGUCUAAUGGCAUUUCACCUGGCCUAUAAUAGAGCAUUGGAACAAUUUGAAACUACAGUGCAGUUCGCAACAUCUUGCUUCAGCCUUGGUGCUUCCAUGAUCCUCAUGGGUUUGAUUUGCACAGAGAGGUUAUUCCAGAAACUUCUACGGGGCAUCACAAUAGUUGUAUGGCUUGUCAUGAUGGCGUCGGUGUUUGUCUAUAUGGGGUUCAACCCAGGUCGUUCUGCCAUGGAUGAUGUCCCCAUGACGAUGUAUAUAAUACUUGUGUUACACACAAUGUUGCCAUUAUCAAAAAAGGUGGCAGUGUGUCUUGGGGUACUAACGGCAUUGGUGCAGCUAACCGUGGCAGGAUUCUUCGCUGUUGUACACAGGAAAUACAUUUUAUAUCAGCUGAUCGCCAAUGGUGUAGUGUACAUCUGUAUGAACCUAGUGGGGGCAUACCAUAAGUACCUAACUGAUAUAGCACACAGGGGGACAUUCAUGGACUCCAGGAAAUGUAUUGAGUCUAGAAUAAAAUUGGAGCAUGAGAGACAGCAACAGGAGCAACUGUUGCUAAGCGUUAUUCCCGUUCAUCUUGCAUUUGAACUCAAGAAAGAAAUGAUGCGAAAACUAGAGGAUCAUGGGAAGCGUGGUGGGAAUCGUAAUUCAUUCCUUACGUCCAUGUUUCAUGAGCUUUAUGUAAAACAAUACAGUAACGUGAGCAUUUUGUAUGCAGACAUCGUUAAUUUCACUCCAUUGGCAUCUGGAUGUACUGCUGCUGAGCUUGUUAAGAUCCUCAAUGAGCUUUUUGCCCAGUUUGAUAUCCUCGGCAAGAAGAAUGACUGUAUGAGAAUUAAGAUCCUAGGCGAUUGUUACUAUUGUGUGUCUGGGUUACCAGUCUCUAGACCUCAUCAUGCAGCAAACUGUGUCAAAAUGGGACUUGCUAUGAUACGCAAGAUAUGGAGUGUCCAGGAAGUGACAGGUGUUAACGUUGACAUGAGGAUUGGGAUUCACACUGGAAAUGUGUACUGUGGUGUCCUUGGGCUGCGGAAAUGGCAGUUUGAUGUUUGGUCUGAUGAUGUCACAAUAGCCAAUCAUAUGGAGUCUGGGGGAGUUCCUGGGAGAGUCCAUAUAUCUAAAGCCACAUUGUAUCAGUUAAGCAAUGCAUUCCAAGUUGAGCCAGGCAAUGGAGGGGAAAGAAGUGAGUUUUUAAAGAAAUAUGAGAUUGAGACGUUUCUGAUUGUUCCUCCUUCGACUAACAAGGCUAAUAAUUCUCCAAGAAUCAAGAAACUUCCAAGGGGAGUGGGGCACAAAGUACAUCCAAACAUCCGCAAAUCUGUCUUGCGAUACUUGGAUUCCUGGGGCGCAGCUAAACCUUUUGCCGGCCUGUCUGAUCAAAGUUUGGCUAAAAACAUAGGUGUAACUAGCUUGUCUAUUAUGGAGGCGAAUCUUAAACCCUUGGCAUGCAGUCUUGAUCCAAGGGAGUGGUUCCAUUCAGAAGAUAUCAACAGAUUCUCACUAAUGUAUAUAAACUCUAAACUCAAUCUCCAAUAUAUGGAACAAUCCAAUCCAGCAUUCAAAUAUUACAUCGUCACUGCCGUGGUUAUAUUCUCUUCCAUGGGUAUCACACAAAUGUUGAUGUUACCACGACAACUCAUAAACAUUAUAGGCUAUUCCAUAGGAAUAGGUCUAUUCUCCAUCAUAAUGUUGAUACAUUUUGGAACUGUUUGUAGCCGACGAGAGGCGAACAACUCAAGUUCAAAAAAUGUGAAAAUGACACUUUGUAAAAUAUUUUACCAUAUAUCACGAGCGAUCUACGAAAGUUGGAUCACACGCUGUUUCAUAACGAUCAUCAUUUUGUUCCUAGUUGGAAUAAUGGCGAUACUUUCAAUCAGUGAUUGUAACCAACUAGAGAUUAUGUAUAGUGAUUCAAAUGUAACGUUAUGUGAUGCGUCCUCCAACUUUAGCGUUAAUGCACCAAUAGUGGACUCUUUGGACCCAGCAGUAAAUUCAUCAGGUGUGAAUUGUGUAUAUAAGACCAGGAAGGAUUUUGAAGAACCUACGCCUGGUACAAAUCAAUGCAGUUUUCCCCCAUACUACAUAUACUGUUGUAUGCUGGCCAUGGUUUCCUCGACAGUAUUUCUACAAAUCAACUUCCUGUUGAAACUGAUCUUCAUGGUGAUAACUCUGACAUCAUAUAAUCUUAUCGUACAUAUAUUCAGUCCCAACGUCUUCAAUAAUUAUGACAACUAUCGCCUCUACGAGACUGGUGAGGAGGGUUUGAUUGCACUGAGGGUGAAAGCUUCCAUAUAUCUUGCAGUAUUAUUUAUCACCCUUCAUGUCCUAGAUAGACAGACUGAGUACACUUCAAGGCUUGACUUCCUCUGGAAAAGCAGGUUCAAGGUGGAACAAGAAGAGGUGGAAACUAUGGGCUCUCUUAACAAGGUCCUGCUGGAGAACAUUCUCCCUGCUCAUGUUGCGCAGCAUUUUAUGGUGAAGAGAAGGUGUGGGGAGCUCUACCACGAAUCUUACAGUAGCGUAUGUGUCAUGUUUGCCUCUAUUCCACACUGGCAAGACUACUGGCAUCAAAACACCUUCAACAGACAGGGGUUAGGAUGCCUACGGCUCCUCAAUGAGAUCAUAGCAGACUUUGACCAGCUACUAUCUAAGCCUAAGUUCAGUACUGUGGAGAAAAUUAAGACAAUUGGCAGCACUUAUAUGUGUGCCACUGGCCUUUUGCCUGGCAGGGAGGAUAGCUCAAGUUCCCCUGGAGACAGUCGUAUAGACUACUAUGUGAUGGUCAUGGUGAGUCUGUGCCAGGCAAUGUCUGAAUGCUUAGAACAGAUCAACAAAGACUCCUUCAACACAUUUCAGCUCAGAAUAGGUAUGAACUAUGGUCCUGUUAUAGCAGGCGUAAUUGGGGCAACUAAACCUCAGUAUGAUAUUUGGGGUGACACAGUUAACGUUGCAAGUAGAAUGGACAGUUCAGGAGAGGAAGGUAGAAUCCAAGUCACGGAGCAAACAGCUGAUAUUCUCAUGAGUGCAGGACACCAGUGUGAAUGUAGGGGAGAGAUUAAAAUUAAAGGAAAGGAGCAUCCAAUGAAAACUUAUCUUAUUAAUUUAUAGUCUAUUCUAUGGGACAUGUAUAAGAAACUGAAAUAUCAAUAAUUGAAGUCUAGGGUAUAGGACACUGAAUUUGACUGAAAUAUUGAUACAUUAUAGUCUACAGUAUAGGACAAUGAAAUACACACACAUUCUAGUCUACUGUAAUGAGGAAUGUGUACAUACUUCUGUUAGAUUAGUAUGAACAUUGUACAUGUAUGUAUGUAUAUACAUAUCUGUAAUAUAACAUUGAAUAUGGUAUAAUGCCAUUAUAUAAAUAGAGGAUAUCCUAU